CAGCUACAUCCGUGCAGCGGAAAUUGUUCCCUCAUCAACCACCAUUUGUCUAUUCAUUCAUUUUCCUUCAUCCGCACCACACACCUUCCUCUUGCUUUUCCUAUCUCAACGCUUCCUCACAAGUCCACCAUGCUUUCUCCGUCUCCCAUCCCUCCCCACAAUAAUAAUAAACAAAUUAAAUUAAAAUAUAAUUUCAAAUACUUUUUUCUUUCUUUCCCUCACUCACUCACUCACUCUCGAUUUCCGUCUGAGAAAAAUCCUUGGUUUGGUAAUUUGAUUCCCAAACGACUUCUCUUUUUGUUUCUAUUUUCUUUCGUUUAAUUUUCAAAGAAUGAUGAUUUUGUUGUUGUUUUUUUAUUUCCCUGCCAAGAAGGCACUUAAUAAUAAACUAAUAAAUUAAAACCCGAAAAGUGCAAAGCUUGUGAAUAGCGUUUGAAUCGUGUCAUGCUUUUGGGGUUGGGGAAGAGUGUGCAAUGCAGAAACUGAGAUUGGCUUAGUGAGAGAAAAAGAGAGAGCGAUGGUGGUGAGGAAAGUUGGGAAGUACGAGAUUGGGAGGACGAUUGGGGAGGGAACCUUUGCGAAGGUGAAAUUCGCUCAGAACACCGAAACUGGUGAGAGCGUGGCCAUGAAGGUGCUCGACCGUAGCACCAUCAUCAAGCACAAGAUGGCCGACCAGAUCAAGAGGGAGAUUUCCAUCAUGAAGCUAGUUAGGCAUCCUUAUGUUGUUCGCCUUCACGAGGUUCUUGCAAGCCGUACCAAGAUUUAUAUCAUAUUGGAGUUCAUCACGGGUGGUGAAUUGUUUGAUAAAAUUAUACACCAUGGCCGUCUUAGUGAAACUGACUCUAGAAGAUAUUUCCAGCAGCUUAUUGACGGUGUAGAUUAUUGCCACAGUAAGGGAGUUUAUCACAGAGAUUUAAAGCCUGAAAAUCUUUUACUCGAUUCACUGGGAAAUAUAAAGAUUUCCGAUUUUGGUUUGAGUGCAUUUCCUGAGCAGGGGGUGAGUAUCCUUCGGACAACUUGUGGGACUCCAAACUAUGUGGCUCCUGAGGUACUCAGUCAUAAGGGUUACAACGGUGCUGUGGCAGAUGUUUGGUCCUGUGGGGUUAUCCUCUAUGUCCUACUGGCUGGAUAUCUUCCUUUUGAUGAGCUUGAUCUAAGCACCUUAUAUAGUAAGAUUGAGAGAGCAGAGUUUUCAUGCCCUCCUUGGUUUCCAGUGGGAGCAAAAUUGUUGAUACAUAGAAUUUUGGACCCAAAUCCUGAAACUCGUAUAACAAUUGAGCAUAUAAGAAAUGAUGAAUGGUUUCAGAGGAGUUAUGUUCCUGUCAGUCUUCUUGAGUAUGAAGAUGUAAACCUUGAUGAUGUAAAUGCUGCUUUUGACGAUGCUGAGGAACUGAGGGCUGAUCAACAAUGUGACAACGAUGACAUGGGUCCUCUAAUGCUUAAUGCAUUUGACUUGAUAAUUUUGUCUCAAGGCUUAAAUCUUGCAACAAUCUUUGAUCGUGGGCAGGACUCUGUGAAGUACCAAACCCGUUUUAUCUCUCAAAAACCAGCAAAGGUGGUUUUAUCAAGUAUGGAAGUUGUGGCACAAUCAAUGGGAUUUAAGACGCAUAUUCGCAACUACAAGAUGAGGGUGGAGGGUGUUUCAGCAAAUAAAACAUCCUAUUUCUCUGUUAUCCUGGAAAUUUUUGAAGUGGCUCCUACAUUUUAUAUGGUGGACAUUCAGAAAGCAGCUGGAGAUACUGGUGAAUACCUCAAGUUUUACAAGAACUUUUGUAGCAAUCUUGAGGAUAUAAUCUGGAAACCGCCCCAUGAAGCAAGCAAAUCAAGGAUCUCCAAGACCAAAAGCAAAAGACGAUAGUUUCAUCAUUCGUGAUACCUUCUGAUUUGAUUGAAAAGAAAAGAGAGAAAAAAAAAAGUAAUAUGGAACACAUGCUUUUAAUUUAAAGAGGGGUUGACAUAUAGACGCAUGUCCCACCAUAUCGAGGUAUAAAUACGGUUUGCCCUGGCUUUUUUUUUUAACAGCAAUACUGUUUUUUCCACUUUUAAUUCUCCAAAUACCACACUUGAAACUUGAAAGAUUGUGUCCCAAAAUUUACUAGUAAUUUUCUAGACACCAGGAAA